CCAGCCUGAGCUUUAUCAGCCUCAGCUUUACCACCACCACCAGGUCGAAACACACACUUUCAGCCGCUGCUCGGUGUCGCCUCCUCCGUCAGGCCCGCAUUGUUGACUUCAAAGAGUUUAUCCUCUGGAUCUGACUUUAAACGCACACGACAAUGCCCACAAUAAAACUACAGAGCUCCGAUGGGGAGAUCUUUGAGGUGGAUGUUGAGAUAGCCAAGCAGUCUGUCACCAUCAAGACCAUGUUAGAAGAUUUAGGGAUGGAUGAUGAAGGAGACGAUGACCCGGUUCCUCUGCCUAAUGUGAACGCUGCCAUCCUGAAGAAGGUGAUUCAGUGGUGCACUCAUCACAAAGAUGACCCUCCCCCUCCUGAGGAUGAUGAGAACAAGGAGAAGAGGACGGAUGACAUUCCUGUGUGGGACCAGGAGUUCCUCAAAGUCGACCAGGGCACAUUGUUUGAACUCAUCCUGGCCGCCAACUAUUUGGACAUCAAGGGUCUGCUAGACGUCACCUGCAAGACGGUCGCCAACAUGAUUAAGGGCAAAACCCCCGAGGAGAUCAGGAAGACUUUCAACAUCAAAAACGAUUUCACAGAGGAAGAGGAAGCUCAGGUACGCAAAGAGAACCAGUGGUGCGAAGAGAAGUAAAGGGGGGGGGGAGUUCCGGCCAACACUACCACACUGAAAAGGAUUGUCUCUGCUAACUGGUUGCACUGGCGUUGUUCAUACUUGUUAAUAUUUACAUUUAGUAUAUUUAAACCCCACAUGGUCCCCUGUACCCCCCCCUCCUUUGUUUCCCCUCCUCUGUUUCCAAUAGCAUGAACAUUUUUUUUAAUUCGCUUGUGUGGUGUUAAUUUAAAAAAGAAAAAAGAAGCUUUUUGUUUCUACACACGUGCAUCCCCAUAAAAAAACAAAAUAGUCCUGGUUCAUUGGCUUCGAAGGCAGUCCUUUCAUUUUAUUUUUUUCCUGUUACUUGCUGGUUGUCUUUUUUUUUUUUUACUGGACAUGCAUUUUCUUUUAGGAUCAUUUACUAAAUAAAAAGGCUUUUUUUGACAAUGGAAAUGAAAGGGUGAAUGUUAUUUUUUGCCCUGUGAAUUCAUUUUAAAGGGUUUUUUUGCAUUAAGACUCUUGGACUUUGAAGUAUUUGUGUUAGGUAACGCAUUCCUAUUUCACGUUGUAUUGAACGGGGAAUUGAAUUGGGUAAAGCUUUGUUAUUUUUUGGGGGAGGAAGGGAAAGGUUGACAAUAUACUUCAGGAGUAAAUAAAUCAUGAAAAUGC